AUGUCGCUUGUCCAGAAGCCUGUUCAUUUGACAUUUCUCGGAUGCGGCCACAUCGGCAGAGCUCUACUCGGAGUUCUACUUCCACGGGUCGCUCAGCCUGACAGUCCGAUUUCUAAGAUUACCGUUGCUCUUAGGCGUAAAGAAUCAGAAGCACAGCUUCGAGACCUGUACCACAGCAGUCGGGCUCCAGUGAACAUUGUUUCUGGCCAAAAUAUCAAUGCGGUCAAGAACGCAGACGCCAUUCUUUUGGCCUUUCCCCCGGAACAGGUACAUAAGGUUCUUGAGCCAUUCGAAAUGCGACAAGCCUUACGAGACAAGAUUAUCAUCAGCAUUCUCGCCAGAACACCUCAAGACAAACUAAAGCAAUUAAUCGGAGGAAAUGACAAGACAAAUGGUCUGGUGAUGAAAGACAUCCGACUCGUUCGUGCAAUGCCAACUAUGGGAACCGAAGUUCAGGAAUCGGCGACUCUCAUCGGCGAUCCCAGUAGUCCUGCAGAGAAAGAGGCUCUGGAAUUGGCGAUGUGGAUGUUCAACUUGGUCGGCAAGGUGUUUAAAAUCUCACCUGAUUAUUUUGACACCUCAACGGGUAUGAGUGCAUUUUGCAACGCACUGACGACGGUAGCAUUGCAAUCUAUCGCCCAAAAGGCUGCUGCCAAGGGUGUUCCAAUAGAGAAGGCUGUUGCCAUCGCUUCCCAAUGCAUUCGAGGGAUGGUGAGCAUGGCUUUGUCCGGAGUCAGUCCUGAGCAAUUGGAGCAUUCGUUAUCUGCACCGGGGAGUAUAACUGGGCAAGCGAUAUCUGGACUCAGAGACGGUCAACUAGCGACUCUUCUUGAAUCUUCAUUUUCCGCAGCUAUUACGAGGGCAAGAGAUGAGCAUUCAUAG